AUGGCCGAGAUCAAGACCGAGACGAAGACUCUGGAAGCCAAGUGCCUCUGUGGUUCGGUUCACUUGACAUUCGACAUCCCCGUCGCCCUGCUGCCUCUCCCCGUCUACCUAUGCCACUGCAGCCUGUGCCGAUACGCGACGGGCUCGCCCUGCGUAUUUCACACCCAGCUUCCCGAGGGGCUGCUGCCCUCGUUCGUGGGCGAGUCCGGUGAGGACAAGAUGACGUCGUGGGUGUCGAGAGGAGCCGGCUGCAGCUACGACUUUUGCUCGACGUGCGGAUGCCACAUCGCAGGCGUCGGCCUCGACCGGAACCAGUGGACGCCGGCGACGUCCAUCUUUUCCGACCACGGCGGUGCGAAUUUCAUCAUCGACCGUCACGUCUUCAGCAAGUCGGCCAAGGGCGGCGGCCUCUCCUCCAUGCUGACGCACCUCGGCGGUCGCGAGAUGCCGUGCUGGAACCCCGCCAGCGAUGACCCGGCCGGCCAGCUGGUCGAGGCACAGGCGGAGAUGGGCGACGAUGGCGAGAGUCGUCUGCGUGCCGAGUGCAAGUGUGGAGGCGUCUCCUUCGCCAUCAGACGGCCGAACCAAGCGGUCCUGGACGACGACGUCAUGUCCAGGUGCGUGUCACCAAAGGCCAAGGAGAAGUGGAUGGCCGAGCACGACGUCUGCGACGACUGCCGGCUGACGAGCGGAACCCACGUCGUCGGCUGGGCCAAGGUACCGCUGGCCCUGUGCGAGCCGGCCAUCGACACGGGGCUGCGGGUUGGGACGUCCAAGACUUUUGCGUCCUCGGAGGGUGUUCUGCGCGCCUUCUGCGGCGUCUGCGGCGCCACCGUCUUCCGCUGCUCCGUCACGCACCGACCGACCGAGGGACAGGCUGUCGUCGAUGUUGCGACGGGCAUAUUGCGUGCGCCCGAGGGCGUCUUGGCCGAGAAUUGGCUGACCUGGAAAAGCCGGCUGGCGUUUGCGGCGAGCGGGAUGGCGUACGAUGUCGAGUUUGCCGAGGCGCUGAGCAAGGGAAUGGAGGCGUGGGCGGAACAAAGGUACGGCGUGGAGGAGAGCUGA